AUGGAUUUUGAACUCGAACCUACCUUGGAAUCUAUAGUCCAGCAGGACACCUUGAAGUGGAUCUUCGUCGGUGGCAAGGGUGGUGUGGGUAAAACCACCACCUCGUCUUCGAUAGCCGUGCAGUUGGCGUUGAACCAUCCAGACGACCAGUUCUUGUUGAUUUCCACCGAUCCAGCCCACAACUUGUCGGAUGCGUUCUGCCAGAAGUUCGGCAAAGACGCUCGUAAGGUCGAGGGUUUGUCCAACCUUUCGUGUAUGGAAAUCGACCCAGAGGCUGCCAUGAGCGACAUGCAACAACAGGCCCAACAGUACAACAACGACCCCAACGACCCGUUGAAGAACAUCAUGAACGACAUGACGGGUUCCAUUCCCGGAAUUGAUGAGGCCUUGUCUUUCAUGGAGGUGUUGAAGCACAUCAAGAACCAAAAGACCGCCAGCGAAGCCGACGCCUCCUCUGGCAAGUCCGAGAUUGCCUACAAGACCAUCAUCUUCGAUACCGCGCCCACAGGCCACACCUUGCGUUUCUUGCAGUUGCCAUCCACAUUGCAGCAGUUAUUGAGCAAGUUCCAGUCGCUUUCUGGAAAGUUUGGCCCUAUGUUGAGCAUGUUGGGCGGAGGAGCUGGCGGACAGCAAGACUUGUUUGAGAAGUUGAACGAAGUACAAAAGAACGUGACCGAGGUCAAUGAGCAGUUCACGAACCCCGACUUGACUACCUUCGUGUGUGUGUGUAUUUCUGAGUUCUUGUCGUUGUACGAGACCGAGAGAAUGAUCCAGGAAUUGAUGUCGUACAAGAUGGACGUCAACUCGAUUGUGGUCAACCAGUUGUUGUUUGCUGACGACGACGAGACCCCCUGCAAGAGAUGUGUGUCCAGAUGGAAGAUGCAGAAGAAGUACUUGGACCAAAUGGGUGAGUUGUACGAGGACUACCACUUGGUCAAGAUGCCAUUGUUGGGUUGCGAAAUCAGAGGUGUGAACAACUUGAAGAAGUUCUCCAAGUUCUUGUUGAAGCCGUAUGAUCCAAAGGUCGAUGGAGGGAUUGUCACCGAGUUAGAGGAGAAAUAA